AACACAUUAUCUGAGUUUCGGUGAAUCUGAUAAAAACGAGGCCUUAAGCUUUUUCUCCUUGUCCUUUUCUGAAACAUAACAUUCCAUCUCAAGUUCAAUUAUUGACAGCCCAUAGACAUGAUUGCAUGUCACUCCAUACGUGCAUCUACCGUCCUUCCCAUGAUCCACGGUGGAGAUGUACGGUGGAAAUAACGAUACCAUUGCCAAUGGAGGGCUAACGCCUAACACGUGUAUUACAUAUACACACAGGCAUUGUAUAUUAACACAUGUCAUGUCAUACAGCUGUAAGUCCAUUCUGAUCCCCACCAAAAUGGUAAUUUUGUGCAAAAAUUUCAACCAUACAAAGAGGAAUAAAGAUCGAUAGUCAACGGCCAUCCACCUUUCUUUCUCACCAAAGGACGGUGGAUGCGAGCCCUCGUUUCGUUGUAAAGAUAGCCCGCUGCGGCUGGACUGAAAUUUACAGCAAACAUGAUAAGGCCAUGGUCUUAGCAGGCUGCAAUUAUUAAUAUACAAACAAGGGAUCUCUCUCUCUCUCUCUUUCGGAUCUGGGGAUUUCUCUCUCCAGAGGAUAUUUAUGUUUGUUUAUGGAGAGGUAACGAUUGGAAUUGUGUUGCUUGUUUAUAAAAUCUCUCUGUCAUGCCUAGCCUACCCUAAGUAUUACGAAUUUCCCUUUCUCAAUGGACAGGCUUCAUUGACAAUCAUUCCCAAGUUGCCUAUUGCCGGAGCGAAAAACAACAUCGCCGGACCGCUUUGAAAUGACUGCCGCAUCGCAAUAGCCACUACCAGAGCGAGAUCAAACAAUGCCGGAGCACUUUGCCACACCACUAGAGCGAUGUGCUCCAAAAGAGUAUUGCUGAAGCGCAUGUAGAUAUCGCCAGAGUGAAGAAUGUAUCGCCAGAGCGACGUACUAAACCGCUGGAUCGAAGUGGCUUACUACCGGAGGGGCUGAUUUGAUUGCCGAAGCACGUGAGAAAAGCUUUGGGUGUGUAGAGAAGGGGCAUGAAGACAAAAGGGUAUUUUGGAUUUUUUUUUACGGUUUUUUUGGGUUGGGGGGGAGGGGGGGGGUUUGCUAAGAUAAUUUGUUGAAGGGAAAAAUAUAAGAGAGAAAAGUAAGAAGGGGAUAAGUUGAGUGAAUAGUAUAUUUUAGGGGGUUUUUGUAAUUUUCCCUAAAUUUUCAAAUAGACCAAGGCCACACCUCGGUUAGGAAGGUUUGAUCCUAACAGUUUCAGCGCUAUUAGGGCAUGAGCUGGGUCUGAGUCAAGGUCAUUUUGAUCACAAACCAGGCCGGAUUAGCCUUGCCCAAGCCAAGGCAGGGCCCACUUACCCAUUAAACAACCACCAACUUCAAUGUGUACCCACAAACGGAUACGCUUGCACUCAGUUAUACUAAACUACGUCCAAUAGGGGUGCCAAUGAUCCCGGGACCUGACGGGUCAGGGUCGGGUCAAAUCGGACCCCAACCCAAUCCGAUAUGUUGGGGUGGCAAUGAACUUGGACCCGAGGGGUAGACCCGAGAUGGAUCCGGGACGGCACGAGCAGGACCUAAUCCGACCCGACCCCUUGCCACCCCUAACAUGCCGUACCCGGACCCAACACGUUGCCACCCCUAGAGUCCAAGUUUUUGGCUCUCUGCCAGCUUCUCUCCAUUUUGCAUUGAAGAUUCGAAGAAAGCCACCUUACCAUUUUAUUCAAACUCCAUCGUCAUGGCUCUUCGAAGCACUCAAACAUAAAAUUCAGAUUCAAAGCUGACAUGUCCUCUUUCUCCAAUCCAUAGACCACAUGCAUGCUUAUGACCAACCUUUUUGUCCCUUUCGUUUUUGGUUGAGCAGCCUUUAUCUCUUGCUUCCCACGCCAUCUCUCUCUCCACCCUAACUCAAACCAUCACUCUUUAUAAAUACUCACAUCAUCAACGAAUUGCAACGUAGAACAAGCCUAUCAACUAUAAGCUAAGAUGGUAAUCAAGAGUACAAUAGUCUUUUCCACUGUUGGGAGGCCAUCAUACGGCUUCGACAUAUUCUCUGUCACCGUUCCGAAGAAUCUUGAUGACAUGAGAGAUUGGACGGAACGGCGUCUAACAGACGGCAAAUCCGUUAACUAUAACGGCCACUUCACUGAAGAAGAUGGCACUGUAGUGUUUGUGUCAGAGAGAAGUGGCUGUUCAAAACUGUAUAUCCAAUUACCUAACACCAACAAACCAUUAGAGCUCCCAUCAGUCCCUGAUAGCUUAUUUCACGACCACCCGACCAUAAAUAAUGGUCGCCUUUUCUUUGUUUCCGCAAAUGAACCUGCUGACAAACCGCUCAAGAGCUGGGCAGCUAUGUACUCGACCUGCCUAGACAGUCAGAAAACCACAAGGCUGACACCAGUUGGAACGGUCGAUUAUAGCCCAGCAGUUUCCGAGUCUGGAAAAUGGAUUGCUGUGGCAUCUUAUGGAUCUAAGCAAUGGGAAGGUGACUUUCAAGAGCUUUCCACUGAUAUAGUGGUUUUCUCAUCAAAUGAUGGUUCUGGACGCCGGGUUUUGGCUCGUGGUGGUGGAUGGCCAGCUUGGUCUGGAGACUCUAGCGUGUUUUUUCAUAGGAAGGCUGAUGAUGGGUGGUGGAGCAUUUUCCGGGUUGAUAUACCAGAAAAUGAGGAGGCUUCAUUGCUGGAAUGUCACCGGAUAACACCACCAGGGGUCCAUGCCUUCACUCCAGCAGCUUCUCACAGCGGGAAAUGGAUAGCAGUUGCGACCCGAAGGCCGGGAAGUCAAUUUCGGCACAUUGAGAUCUUUGCCUUAGAAUUGAAAUCCUUCAUCAAAGUUACAGAGACUCUAAACCCCACCUUGCACCACUAUAAUCCAUUUGUUUCUCCAGCUUCUGGGUUCUUAUGUUAUCACAGGUUUAGGGGAGAAGCAUCGAUCGGAGACUCUAAGAUUCCUUAUCUCGAGAAUGUUAUUUCCCCUUUACCAGACCUAAAAAUGCUCCGGAUAAAUGGGAAUUUCCCAACAUUUUCGCCAGAUGGUGACUUGAUUGCCUACAACCCAGAUUUUUUUAGCCCACAAUCCGGUGUUUCAAUAGUGAAUUCCACAGGAACUAAACGAUGGACCAUUCUCAAAGGACGUGUAUCAUUCUCCCUUGCAUGGAGCCCGACUGAGAAAGGCAUCAUUUACGCAUCAGUGGGGCCAAUAUUCGAAACUGCAAAAAUGACGGUCCAGAUUGCCCGUAUCUCUUUUGAUCUGACCAAUCUGGAUUCUCAAGAAGACAUCACGGCCAAGAUAAAGAUCCUCACAAAGGAAGAGACUGGAAACAAUGCAUUUCCAUCAUGUUCACCAGACGGUAAGUUUCUAGUCUUUCGUUCUGGUCGUUCAGGCCACAAAAAUUUGUACAUAAUGGAUGCUACUAAUGGAGAAGAUGGAGGCAUACGUCAGUUAACUGAGGGACCAUGGAUCGAUACAAUGCCAAGCUGGUCUCCUGAUGGCAAAUUCAUCGCUUUCUCAUCAAAUCGACACUCGCCAGAAAACACUGAAGUAUUUGGUAUAUAUGUGAUACAUCCCGAUGGCACUGGACUCCGUCGUGUCCAUGUAGCAGAAGAUAUGGACAUGGUGAGAACAAACCACGUGUGCUUUAGCCCUGAUUCUAAGUGGCUCCUAUUCACUGCAAACUUCGGUGCUGUAUCGGCUGAGCCUAUUUCGUUGCCAAAUCAGUUUCAACCAUAUGGGGACCUCUAUGUAUGUGGGUUGGAAGGGACCCAUCUCAAGAGGCUGACUUGUAAUGCCUAUGAGAACGGGACACCAGCUUGGCACUCGGGUGAUGGUGGGCCCGACAUAGGAUCACUCUGCUUGAAUGAUGUUGGUGAGGAUUUGAAGGGGGACUUUGGGGAGCCUCACUGGUUGGUGGCCUAAUAUUUCGAAGGUUCUUUUCCCCUUUGAUCCCUUAGAACUUAUGAUCCCAGAUGCAUAUGGGGAAGGAAAAUUGGAAAUGCCCAGAGGUGAGACUUAUAAUAAGUACUCAUGUUAUUGAGUUUCUUUUUUUUUCUUUUAAUUUUUCCCUAGCUUCUAUUAUGGUUUGACCUUGACAAGAGAACUGUCUUUUCCAUUAAGGUUUGACAAAAGAACUGCCUUUUCCCCCUUUUUUUUUUUUUGCCAUUUUCUCUUUGUGGCUAUGUGGAUGUGUUUGAUAAAAAGAAGUUUGUGGAAGGUAGAUAUGAGACAAGAAUAAUUGUAUGAUGUUACUCAA